AUGGCCCCUGCAAGGAUAUCUCACGACCCGGUCCUGCGUCGUGAGCCAGCAACUCAUAGCCGCGACUUUCAGCACCGUACCCUGAACUCAGAUCUCUGUGUCUGCGGCGGAGGCCUAGCUGGUACUAUCGCUGCCAUCGCAGCAGCAAGAAAUGGGGUAUCAGUAAUUCUCAUCCAAGACCGUCCUGUUCUUGGAGGCAAUGCUUCUAGUGAGGUUAGGCUAUGGAUUCUUGGAGCUACGUCGCACAUGUUUAACAAUAACCGCUAUGCGAGAGAGGGUGGUCUUGUUGAUGAGAUUUUACUCGAGAAUCUGUAUCGAAAUCCUGAGGGUAACCCUUUGAUUCUUGAUACCAUUCUUUUGGAGAAAGUAAGAUUGGAGCCGAAUAUUCAAUUGUUUCUCAACACAGCUCUUGUUGGGUGCGACAAGGAUGGUGAUCGAAUCAGCUCCGUCAGUGCUUUCAACUCUCAAUCUUCCCUCAAAUUCACCAUCCAAUCUCAACAAUUCAUUGACUGCACCGGCGACGGCACACUCUCCUUCCUCGCCGGCGCUCCCUUCAGAAUCGGCGCUGAAAAACGUGAUGAAUUCAACGAACUCUUCGCCCCAUCCUCCGAGUACGGCCAUCUUCUCGGCCACUCAAUCUACUUCUACACCAAAGACACCGGCAAGCCCGUCAAGUACGUGGCACCGGCCUACGCUCUGAAAGACGUGGAAGGAGAAAUUCCUCGCUUCAAGAGUUUCAGCACUAAAGAGAUGGGUUGCAAUCUUUGGUGGAUUGAGUAUGGCGGUAGACUUGAUACUAUUCAUGAUACUGAGCAGAUCAAGUGGGAGCUUUGGAAGGUCGUUUAUGGAGUUUGGGAUUAUUUCAAGAAUUCGGGGAGGUUUCCUGAGGCGGAGAACUUGACGCUCGAGUGGGUUGGUACUAUUCCGGGGAAGAGGGAGAGCAGACGGUUCGUUGGUCCUACCAUUAUGGUGCAGCAGGAUAUUGUUGAGCAGCGUUAUCACAAUGAUGCUGUGUCUUUUGGAGGCUGGUCUCUUGAUCUUCAUCCGGCUGAUGGUGUCUUCUCCGAAGUCGACGGCUGUACUCAGUGGCACUCAAAGGGUGUCUACCAAAUACCAUUCUCCUCCAUGGUCUGCUCAGAGAUUCCUAAUCUCAUGUACGGAGGCCGCAUCAUGUCAGCAUCCCACGUCGCCUUUGCAUCUACUCGUGUCAUGGCCACAUGCGGAGCCAAUGCCAAUGCUUUGGGCAUCGCUGCAUCGCUUUGUAAGAAGCAGUGUGUCGACCCCAUGGAAUUACUUGUCAAGAACAACAUGAAGAACUUCCAGCGCGAGCUCAUGCGGUUUGGUCAGUUCAUUCCUGGGUACAAGCUCAACGACCCUGAAGAUCUCGUUCGCUCAGCCUCCAGGAUUGAGGGGUCCUCAUUUGAGCUAUCGCAACUACCACCCGAUGGACCACCAAAGGUCUUGGUUCGAAGUCUUGCACAGAUGCUUCCCAUCUCACAGGGAAUUGUUCCUACCUUUUCCAUAACGGCUAUGUCAGUUGAAAACGCCGUAUUGACAGUCCAGCUCCGAGGUUCUGAGAAGCCGUACAACUACACUCCCGAGGUCAUUCUGGCUGAGACCAAGUUCCCUCUUGUCCCAGGUCAGAAUGACCUCGUCAUCGACUUCAAGGUUGAGAAUCCCCAGACUCAAUAUGUCUUUCUCUCUUUUCUCCAGAAUGAGUCGGUGGCACUCUGCACCACCAAGACACGCGUAUCAGCCCUCAUGACUGUUGAGCACGAAUGCACUCAGAGUCCGCCAAGUGAUGUUGGUGUCGAUGAGUUUGAGCGUUGGACACCGGUUCGAAGGCCAAUGGGUCACAACCUCGCGUUGACGCUGGAUCCACCCUUGAAGGCUUGGGGAGUUGAGAACGUCCGCAAUGGCGUUCCCCGCCCGACCAAGAGAACCAACUGCUGGGUUCCUCGUGCCGACUCCUCUGGUAGGAAGAUGCUCAAGAUUCGUUGGGAUACACCCGUCAAGGUGAACAAGGUUGUUGUUCAUUUUGAUACAGACUAUGAUCACGCUCUUGAGUCGGUGUUGAGAGGUCACCCAGAAAGGACUAUCCCAUUUUGUGUCAAGAAGUGGCGUCUGUUGGAACUCUCUGAUGAAGAGAGGGAGCUACACUGGGCCAUAUGUAUCCCCACUAAAGCCCUCCAAGUCUUCCUUCUCCAUCCUCCCGAGGCGGAAGACAUCACUGUCGCUAUGGUCAUCAGCCAGCCCGCUGCUUUCUUCUCCAGGCGUCACGAAAAUGCGAACCAAAUUCCAAUCUCGCGGGUAAAGCAUCUCGUGGUUCCAGAGAUACUCGAUAACUCCAAAGUCAUCCCCACGAAUGCUGCAAAUGAGACUAGGCUUCAGGUCAUUGGCACUGCUACUGAAUAUCGCAGAAGGGAACCCACCACCGACUUCAACAAUCUUAGCGAUCAACGGUCCAAGCGGUCUUGGAAGUCCCAACAACCCGGUAACGCGCCCAUUGCGCGCCAUCAGAGAGAUGGUCUCAAUGCUCCCAUCCUCCGCAUACUGCAAAUGGAAAGUCAGUCCAUAAUGACCCAAACUUUAGAACUUAUCAUAAAACGGAAUAGCUUAACCAAACAGCACAGACGGAACCACCGUCGUGAUUCUCAUAACUUGUUCAAUUAUUAUCUCGAACUGUUUGCUAUCAAGAUGGCUACCGAGUUGGGAGCAGUGCCCGCGCAGGGCAAGAUGAGCGGCUGGCUCUUCUUUAGUAUCUUCGUCAUUUCUAUGGGUUCUAUCUUCUGGGGAUAUGAUAUCGGCAUUCUGAGCACCAUCUAUGUCUCCCCCGGCUUCAACAAAGCCCUCGACCAUCCUUCAUCUAGCGAAAAGGGUCUCAUCACAGCUAUCUUUGCCGCUGGUCAAUUCGCCUCUUUCGCCCUCAUCGCAGGUCCUAUCAACAACAAGUACGGUCGACGAUGGGCUGGUUUCGGUGGUGUCUGCCUUCUUUGCGUCGGAGCCGCGAUCCAAACUGGUGCUGUUCACUUGGCUAUGAUGGUUGUUGGGCGAAUCAUCGCUGGUGUCGGCACAGGUGUUGUUUCCACCGCUGUCCCGCUUUAUCUCAGCGAGAUUUCGCCAGCCAAGCAUCGUGGUCUUUAUGUUGCUGCUAAUCAAGUCGGUAUUGUCUCUGGUAUCUCUAUGGCUUUCUGGGUUGGCUAUGGCUACUCGUUCUGGGACUAUGGCAAUGGUAUUGACCUCGAAUGGCGCCUCUCAACUGCCAUGCAAUUUGUUCCUGCUCUUCUCUUCCUCAGCGGUGUCCCCUUCAUUCCCGAAAGCCCCCGAUGGCUCGUCGAAUCAGACCAAAUCGAAGCCGCAAGCGAAUCUCUGUGCAAACUUCGCGGUCUUUCCGCCACCGAAAUCCAGCCCGAACUCGACGAGAUCCGCGCCAACAUUCUCUGGCAUCAAGAAAACUCCAUCACGUCAGCCCGUGUCUUCAUCCAACAGAAGCCACUCUGGUCUCGACUCUGGCGCGCCUGGUCUCUUGCUUUCCUUCAGCAGAUGAGUGGUGCUGCUGGUAUUCGAUACUAUCUCCCCACCAACUUUAUCGCCGCUGGUACCUCUGAGGAAUUGAGCUUGCUUGCUUCUGGUAUCGAUGGAACUGUGCAGGUGGUUUGCACUGUUGCCGCUAUGUUCUUCAUUGAUAAGCUUGGUCGAAGACAUUCACUUGGUAUUGGUGCUAUCAUCAUGGCCUUUUGCUUGAUGAUCAAUGGCGCUCUACAGACUGCCUAUCCCGGACAGAACAACCAAAGCGCCAACUACGUCAACAUCUUCUUUAUCUUCUUUUUUACCGUUGGAUACAGUAUGGGCUUCGGACCCUGCGCCUGGAUCUACGCCUCCGAGAUCUUUCCCGCCAACUGCCGUUCCAAGGGUCUCGCCAUCUCCUCCUCCGGCUCAUCCCUCGGUUCGAUCAUCGUCGGUCAAGUCUGGCCUGUUGCUGUUUCCCGCAUUGGACCUCGAGUCUACUUCAUCUUCAUGGCCUUCAACGUCUUUGCUGCCAUUCUGGUCUAUGCUUGCUAUCCCGAGACCAAGGGCAAGACUCUGGAGGAACUGGAUUCGCACUUUGGAUCGCUCAAUGUGCACUCUGAGGAGGAUGCUACGCCUAAGCAGAUGCUUGGAGCUGAGGAGGAACGGGUUGAGGUUCGGGAUAAGUCUGUGUGA